UCUACAUACAGUAUGUUGUCUGUAUCCUGUUUAUCAGCUCUGCUUCUACAUACAGUAUGUUGUCUGUAUAUCAGGUUUAUCUUCUGCCUGAAAAUUAUGUUUAUUGUGGCAGCACCAUUUCACCAAGUCAAAUUCCUUUAUAUACAAAAUGUAUUAUGCGAUUAAAGGUGAUUCUGAUCUUCUACAGUUUACAGGGCAGGACUCUUAUUUUGAAAGAUAUAAAAUCCCAUGAAUCGCUUUAUCUUGUUUGCAUAACACAGCUGGAAAGAAGGAUGGCGGAUGCUGGAAAUAAAGAGUCAGCGCCGAUUGGAGGAGAUGAAUUUACCAACACAGAGUUGGAGAAUAACAAGAAUAACACGAUGGUGGAGGAAGGAUCCACUCUGCUGCGGAGAAUGGAGAUCAGUGUGGCCGAGGCAGAGAAAAGAACUGGGAAAAAUACAGUGAACAUGCAAGAGAUAUUCACAGUGUACCUCAUAGAAACUCGACCCAUAGAUGCAAUAACAGAAGGCCAUAACCCAGCAGCCCCAGACUCUCUCUGGAGGAGAUACAGUGAAUUUGAGAUUCUCCGGAACUAUUUGUUAGUCACCUAUCCAUUUAUCGUGGUGCCGCCUUUGCCAGAGAAGAGGGCAGAGUUUGUUUGGCACAAGCUGUCUGCAGACAACAUGGACCCAGACUUUGUAGAGAGGCGCAGGGUUGGUCUGGAGAACUUUCUACUUCGCGUGGCCUCCCAUUCGGUUCUGUCCAAUGACAAAAUCCUAUACCACUUCCUGACUGAGGAACACAGGUGGAAGGAGGUGGUGUAUGAGACAGGGUUCCAAGCCAAGGCAGAGUCCAGGAUUAAAGCUCUGAGCGCAACUUUCAGGGUGAAGAACCCUGACAAGCGGUUCACAGAGAUGAAACACUACAGCGAUGAGCUUCAGUCUCUCACCUCCCAGCUGCUCCGAGUCAGAGCAAGAGUAGCAGACAGGCUCUACGGCGUAUACAAAGUCCAUGGGAACUAUGGAAGAGUAUUCAGUGAGUGGAGUGCCUUAGAGAAGGAGAUGGGAGAUGGUCUACAGAGUGCUGGACACCAUAUGGAUGCCUAUGCUGCCUCAGUAGAUGAUAUGUUGGAGGAAGAGGAGCACUACGCAGACCAACUGAAGGAAUAUCUUUUCUAUGCUGAAGCCUUAAGGGCUGUGUGUAGGAAACAUGAGCUGACCCAGUAUGAGCUGGAGACGGCCUCCUCAGACCUCAUCUCCAAGAAGCAGCAACGGGAGGAGCUGGCCACUGGGAUGGUACGGACGUUCUCCUUCAAAGGAAUGACCAACAAGCUGUUUGGUCAGGAGACACCAGAGCAGAGGGAGGCUAAACUCAGCCUACUAGAGGAGCAGAUCGUCCAGGGAGAGGAGACUGUCACAGAGAAAACAGUGGAGUGCGAGGAGUACGUGAAGGGUGCGUGGGUGGACAUGCAGCGCUUCAAGGAGCAGAAAGACAGGGAUCUGAGGGAGGCUCUGAUUGGCUACGCCAUCAUGCAGAUCAGCAUGUGUAAGAAGGGCAUUCAAGUGUGGACCAAUGCUAAGGAAUGUUUCCACAAGAUGUAAGGGGGUCGGGCCGUGGGUCAGCGACGACGUCUAUGCCGAGUUGUUAACGCUUCGAUGGCGCUGACUGGAAAGACGCUUCGGGAGGGUGGUCACGUGUGCUAGCGAAGCAGAUGUCCUGGGUUCGAGCGUCCGUGUGAGCCCGAUCAGGAGGAAGAGGUACUCGCUGAGUCAGCAGAGUGACGUCAGUUAUCAGAAUGCUGCUGUUACCUUGGUUUACCUCUAUGAACUGAACUGGAAAAGACACUGAAUCAACUGUCAAAGGACUUCUGGCCUUUUCUCUGCUUAAAGCACAUGAUAUCAUAAUGUCUGGUAUGUGAAUAUUGAAUAAGAUAUUAUUUCAGAAAAUGUCAAGGUACAUGUAUAUAAGAAUAUUAUAUACUUUGACGUGUCCAUCUAUUUAAAUAUUUUAACAACAGUGAACACUAACCUGGUGUUUGUUGGUUGAAGCAAAAUAUUAACUUACUAAUUUAAUCUUGGUUUCUCAAAGAAAACAUCCUAUUUCUACAUUGUGACUCUCAGUAAUAAUGUAAUUUAAGGUCAGAUUUGAUCAUCAUUCGUGUACAUUCUAUAUUCAUUUGUAUAUUCAGCUUUAUGGUUUUAAUAAAAAAUAUUGUCUUCUA